GGACCGAUGGCAUGAAGCCGCCAGACCGUGUCCGUUUUAUGGGUCAUGACAGCUGCUACACCUGUGACCAUGAGUGGGUUAAUGCUGAAUGUCUGGAUGACAGCAGGACAGAGAGAGGAAAGGGAAGCUUAAAUGAGUGAGAGGCAGGGGGCAGAGCGAAGGAGGAGUGACAGAAUGAUAGAGUGAAUUAAUUCAACCUUAGCCAGACCUGAUUGACUCGGUAGCAAACUGGCAUGUACAAACAUUCACAGUGACACCAAAGCCAUGGAGAGGGAAAAGAAGAAUGACAUGUCUUUCUCCAGAAAGAGAAGUUUCACUUUCGGGGCAUAUGGAGGUUCUCACUUCCUUGUUUACAGUGUGGACAGAUUCACAUGUGGGGAUGAGACGAGACCUGAAUCUGCAGAGGACAACAUACUGGACAUCCUGGACUCUCCUCCCAGUGACAGAAAGCCUUUCCUCUCUGCCAGCAGCAACCAGAGGGACACAGAGCUGUUUGAAAUCAUUGAAAAGCUGCAGGGCAGCAGGAUCGAUGAGCAGCGGUGUGCAUUCCCUCUUCCUCUGAAGUCUCAGCUUCUGACGAUAGGUGGAGACCUGCCUCUCAUCCUCCCUCCGACUGGGGGCUACUGGGUGGACCCCCCUCUGGAGAGGCUUGCAGAUGUGAGUCCCACGACCUCCCACCACGGCCUCGUCCCAGAGAGCUACGACAUCAUGGAGAGAGACGGGGAGGCCAAAAUCUACCACGAGUUCUUCCGCUCACGUUACCAUCACUCAUUCACAGCAGUGGAUCCAUUGUUGGGGCCUCUGGUUCUCUCCGUGUGUUUGGAGGAAGAGGAGAGCAAGCUGCGAGUGAUACUAAGAAUGAAGGAGUGCUCUCUGCACGGAGUUUUCUCUCUCUCUCUUUUCCCCAACAUCCCAUCUGCUGUUGAAUUAGCAAAGAUGCUCUGUGAUAGAGUGACUGUAUCAAAUUUUGAAGUGGUCAGCUACCUCAAGGCCCCAGAACUCAUAACUACAUUUGAUGAACACAGAGUGUCUCCUAAUUUCAAGUUUGGCGUUUUGUACCAAAAAGAAGGGCAGUUCACUGAGGAAGACAUACUUAGUAACAAUGUGGAAAGUGAAGAGUUUAAAGAGCUCCUUUCUAUUUUGGGAGAGACGGUUCAACUGCAAGGCUUCACCGGGUUCAGAGGAGGACUGGAUGUGUGUCAUGGUCAGACAGGAAGUGAAGCCGUCUUCACUUCCUUUCAUGAGAGAGAAAUCAUGUUCCAUGUCGCAACUAAACUGCCUUUCACGGAGGCCGACCCGCAGCAGUUACAGAGAAAAAGACACAUCGGCAAUGACAUUGUAGCUUUGGUCUACCAGGAGGGCCAAACCCCGUUUCUAUGUGAUGUUAUCAAGUCUCACUUCCUGCACUGUUUCCUGGUGGUCCGGAGGAUUCAUGGUCCAGAGGAGACAGGUAAAACUGCGUACCAGGUGUCCGUCACAGCCAGAGAGGAUGUUCCUCCCUUUGGUCCGGUCCUCCCGGAUCCUCCCAUCUUCACAGAUUGUUCCCUGCUGAGAGAAUUCCUUCUGACAAAACUCAUCAAUGCAGAGAUUUCCUGCUAUAAGGCUCAACAAUUCAGCAGACUCGAGCUCCGCACCCGUUCGUUGCUACUUGAGAGCCUGCAGGCUGAACUCUCCACCCGUUCCCAGUGCAUGAUGGGAGAUCCAUCACUGUCUGCUCUCCCAUCUUCUGAGGGUGCUCGGGGGGCGUCUGAGGGGGCUGGAGGAUUUAUUGAAAACUUUAAGAGAGCCAUUAGAGUGCGGAGUCACUCUUUCGAGACCCUUGGGGUACCGAGGAAGAUGGGUGGCAGCGCAUCACAGAAGCCUAAGACAGAUAAAGAUGGAGAGGGUGACAAAUCUCAAGGGCCUCUGUCCUCUGACAGUUUGGGGCCGACUGAACUCAAAGAUCAAGCGAGCCCUCAAGAAGAGACAUAAAAUGAAAUAUAAAUUUGUAGAUUUUAAAUGUGAAUAUACAUAUAGACAUUGCUAGCCGGUUAUCACUUUAUUAUCCUGCAGGAUGGCUUUAAUGUAAAUAGAGUGUAAAGUAAAUAGUAUUUCUGAGAAUAUAAUUAUUGUAAUGCAUCGCAUAGCAGUGAUAUUCAACCUUAAUGACAAGCUUAACAUUGUAUAUCAGUGUAAUGUUAAAGAUAUAAAACUACCGGGAAAG